AUGUAUGAUCGAUCAUACACCAUAGUUGACGAUCAACUAAAAAACAACCAUUACCAAAACGACAUACAUUACACGCUGCAGAUGUGUCAAUGGCUGUUGAAGCUGAUUGGAAUGUGGCCACUCGUUAACAAUCAUACCAGCAGACUGGAACGCCUCCUCUCAAUCAUCGUGAUGAUCAUAUGCUUCUGCAGCAUAUUCUUCAUUAUCUUGCCAUCUGGCCAUCACUUCUUCUUCGUAGAGAAAAAUCUUUACAUGAAGAUGAAAAUGCUCGGUCCGGUUAGCUUCUGUGUAUUUGCAACAGUUAAGUACAGUUACCUUGCCCUAAAAGGAGCCUUCCUGCAGAGAUGCAUCCGACAGCUUAAAAAUGACUGGAAGAGAGUGCAAGAUCCGAGUCAUCGGGCGAUCAUGUUAAAAUACGCGGGCAUCAGCAGAAAGCUUAUCACCAUGUGCGCUGUUUUUAUAUAUACAGGUGGAAUGUCCUAUCACACGGUGGCGCAAUUCUUGUCCAAGGAGAGGACUAGAGAAAAUUACACAGUUAGACCAUUGGCGUAUAUCGGUUACGACCCAUUUUUUGAUGCGCAGUCCAGCCCUAUGUAUGAAAUCGUGUUCUUUCUUCACUGUUUCGCUGCUAUGGUUAUGUAUAGCAUCACCACGGUUGCAUAUGGUUUGGCUGCAGUGUUUGUUACUCAUGUUUGUGGACAGAUUCAAAUACAGAUUGUAAGGUUGCAGAAUUUGGUGGAGAGCAAGGAUCGUGAUCUUUUUGCUGUUAUUGUGCGAGAUCACGUGGAAAUUUUAAGAUUUUCUAAAAAUAUCGAAGAUGCUUUGUACCAGAUUUGCUUGACAGAGAUCGUAGAAUGCACGAUAAAUAUGUGUAUGCUCGAAUAUUACUCUUUGGUGGAAUGGGCGAACAGUGAUCUAAUCGCUACAUUGACUUAUAUGACUUUGUUGACUUCCUUCACGUUUAAUAUAUUUAUAUUUUGCUACAUAGGCGAACUUCUUUCUGAACAGUGUAGCGAAAUUGGUACAGUUUCUUAUGAAAUCGACUGGUAUAAUUUGCCAGCUAAAGAAGCUUACAAUCUCAUUCUACUGAUCUCUAUAUCUCAGUAUCCACCAAAACUAACUGCCGGAAAAAUAAUUGAAUUAUCUCUGAACACUUUUAGCUCCGUAGCAAAAACGUCAUUAGUUUAUUUGAAUUUGCUUCAAACAGUUACAGAUUGGUAAAAACACUUAUAUCUUUUACUAUCAGAAUCGUAAAAUCAUAUCAUCAUAUUAUUAAAAAUUUAUUUUCGCAGAUGAUCUCUUCGAAAUGUG